CCGGUCCUACUCCCUCCUCCCUCAGCCCCGGCUGCCGACGUGGGGAAGGCGGCAGCAGGCGGUUAGGGCCGGGGUGUGGGUGCCGAGAGGGAAGUGGGGGGGAUGGGAGCCCUGCGGCUGCUGGCGGUGGCCCUCACCUGCUGCUGGUGGCCGCCGGGCAGCCAGGGUAAGACCCUGCGGGGUAGCUUCAGCAGCGCCGCGGCCCGAGACGCUGAGGGCCAGAGCAUCGGCCACUUCGAGUUCCACGGUGACCAUGCUCUUCUGUGUGUCAGAAUCAACAAUAUAGCAGUAGCUGUUGGAAAAGAAGCUAAACUCUACCUGUUCCAAGCCCAGGAAUGGCUAAAGCUACAGGACCGCAGUCAUGGUUAUAGUUGUGGUGAAAAAUUAUCCAAAGCUCAGUUGACAAUGACCAUGAAUCAGACUGAACAUAAUCUGACCGUGUCCCAGGUUCCAUAUCCACAAACGUGGCACGUGUUUUAUGCUGACAAGUAUACAUGCAAAAAUGACAAUGAGAAUUCUCAGGCGGAAGAGAUCCCAUUUGAAAUGAUGUUACUAAACCCAGAUGCUGAAGGGAAUCCAUUUGAUCAUUUUAGUGCUGGAGAAUCUGGGUUACAUGAGUUCUUUUUCCUCCUAGUCCUGGUGUACUUUGUGCUUGCUUGCAUUUAUGCUCAGUCAUUGUGGCAGGCUAUCAAGAAGGGAGGGCCCAUGCACGUGAUCCUAAAGGUUCUGACAGCUGCACUGCUGCUACAGGCCGGCUCAGCGUUAGCUAAUUAUAUUCAUUUCUCCAGUUACUCCAAAGAUGGAAUAGGGAUACCUUUUAUGGGAAGUUUGGCAGAAUUUUUUGACAUUGCUUCCCAAAUUCAAAUGUUAUACCUGCUUCUGAGUCUAUGCAUGGGUUGGACGAUAGUCAGAAUGAAGAAGUCUCAAAGCAGACCUCUCCAGUGGGAUUCUACUCCUGCAUCCACUGGCAUUGCUGUAUUCAUUGUGAUAACACAGAGUAUUUUACUACUUUGGGAACAGUUUGAAGAUACCAGUCCUCACAACUACCAUUCACAUCACAACUUAGCAGGGAUCUUGCUAAUCAUUUUAAGGAUUUGCCUAGCAUUGUCAUUAGGCUGUGGACUCUACCAGAUCAUCACAGUGGAGAGAAGCACGCUAAAAAGGGAGUUUUACAUCACGUUUGCCAAAGGCUGUAUCUUGUGGUUUUUAUGCCAUCCAGGUCUUGCAUGUAUUUCUGUCAUUUUUAGUGACUACCAAAGAGAUAAGGUUAUUACAAUAGGUGUUAUCCUUUGCCAGUCUGUUUCCAUGGUUAUUCUGUACAGACUCUUUCUGUCCCACAGUCUAUACUGGGAAGUUUCUUCACUUUCUUCAGUAACACUACCACUGACCAUAUCAUCUGGACACAAAAGUCGGCCUCACUUCUGAUACUUUGAUUUUCUUUAAAGGAAAAGUGAAUUGAUUUAAGAGUGCAAUAAGGAUCCAAAUACAGUGACUUUUUUUUUUCAUACUUUUCGUAUGAAAAAUUGAACAAAGAAGGCAGAGCAUGUUAUUUAUAUAACUGCAUUUAAGCAGUAUCAAACUGAAAAAAGGUAAUAAAUGAAAUGUUUUGAAAUAUGCUUAAUAAACUUUCAAAAAGUGUGUUAUAAGGUGACUUAUGCAAUUUCUCUGGAAAUUAAGAUGAAAAAGAAUUAUAUGAUAUUUUGGUAAGAGAUUCACCACUUGUAAUGCCUCAUCUUAUAUCAAUAGUUAACUCAGGUUUGAUAGUCCUAUAAAAAGUAAUCAGUUAAAUGAUUACUUGCUUACAUAUCUAAACUAAGUCCAAUUACGAUAUCAGUGUAAUACACUGAUUAAAAACUGCUUCUUUUUAUGCUUUAAGGAAAAUGCAUUUCAUACUGGAGUUUAAAGGAAUUGAAAAUGAAACUACUUCAGAAUGUGAAUAUAAAAUAUAUUUAUAGCUAAAUAAGUUUUUGUUUAUUUAUGUGUGGGGUUCUUCUCCAUUUUUUUUCGAUCACUUUUGGCUCUAGUUCAGGUUCUGGCUUGAUUAGCAAAGGGUUUUUGACAGAUAGUUUAUGAAAAAUAAAGCUUAGAUACAUUACACUGGUUGUUCCUUAUGAAGAGAUUUAAAAUCUGAGCACUUAGGUGAAGGGACAAGCAGGGUUACGUGUUUAAAAAGAAAGAAGAAAAACGUACUAUAUGAUAUGGUACUAAAAUUUUAAUCCUGAUAUAAUUCAUUUCUCUUACAUUGAAUCCCCAAUCAUAAUUAAGCUGUAUACACAGAUUAAAUUAACAGAAGCAUUUCACGUAAAUGUUGGUUUCAGUCCUCAACUAUCCAUGAAUUCCUGCCCAAGGAUACUUAAUCAGGAUUAAAUUUUCUAUGAAUAAUUGAAAAACAAAAUACUCACUGGAUUUGUUAUAAUCCGUGUUGGCACUGGAUUCUAAGUAGUUGCCAUCUUGAAUCCUUUGUAAUAAAGCCGUAUUUUUUUGUGUGUGCGUUGCCCCAGUAUUGAGUAUGCUAGCGACAAAAUACUCUAUCAAGUGCCUGUUUAAGGAAUUGCUAAGUGGUUGUCAAUACCUGCUGUAUAAAAUGAGUAUUCCCAUUAGUAGUCACUGAUUGGAAAUUACUCUGUGUGUCAUGCUGUUCAGGCCUUUUCAUUUUUACAUCUGGCUUAUUUUUUUUUUAAUAUCUUUUAUCUACUUCCAAAGGUAUUACAUUUUUAAGCAAGAAAUGGUGUGCUGAUCUGGUAAUUAAAGGUUUUAAUUAAAUAGUUAAAAUAACACAGCAUAACUUUAAAGUACCUGUGGCUUCAUCUUUGUUCUUACCUUACACCUAGUCUCAUUGAAACAGUAUUCUGUUUCAUUUUAAAGGCAAAGUAUAUAUGUUCAUGAGUGACAGAGUGACAGAGGUGACAGAGGUCAGCCUGCUCAUUAAAUCAUCCUUUAACGGUUCUUUGUAAGUUAUUUAAUAAAUGAGGGCUACAGGUUACCUCUAGGAAGUCUGAGGUAUAUUUUAGGUUUACAUGAUCUGUUGUGUGAUCGUGACCCUUCCUUUUAACCACAUCUCACUCAUAACCCCAGGUACUGUCUGUUGUGUUCAACUGAGGUACAGUGAAUUAAGCAGAAUAAAAAAGGGGAACCCUUUUCAUAAAUUUUAUGAACUUGGCACCAGUAGAAAUAGGGAACAAUUUUUCUGUUACCUUACACAAAGAAUGUAAAAACUGUAGUCCAAAUACAUGAAAUGUGUUACUGCGCUUGCGUAUAUGAAACUCUAACAGGUCUUUUUUUUUACUUUAUUAUUUUUUAAUUUAUGGUUGAAUUUGUUGAUAAUUUAUUUUGUUAUUCAAGAGCCAUUGUUAAAUGAAGGAGAAUAGUUGUUAAUAAUGUAUAAGACAUCACUAAUAAAUUUAGUAAUCAGAGCUGAA